AUGAUACGCCGCCUGCAUGGCGAGAUGUGCACUGCGCGAGCGGUCAGGCACGGCGCGGUAGAACUCACGAUGACCGCUACAACAGCUACAGGUCAGGAGAGGGAUGACGUGGAGCGCGAUGAGAACCCGUUCUCGGCCGCAGACCUCACAGAGGUCACAGACCUCACAGAGGCUGACCUCACAGAGUUCCCAGACCUCACAGAGUCGGACCUCGCAGAGUUUCCAGACCUCACAGACCUCACAGAGUUCAAAGUCCUCACAGAGUUUAAAGACCUCACAGAGUUCAUAGACCUCACAGAGUCCAAGGACGUCACCGAGUUCAAAGACCCAGCAGAUCUUGACACCAUGGUGCAGGUCGUGCUUCUCGAGGUCGUGCUUCUCGAGGUCGUGCUUCUCGAGGUCGUGCGUCUCGGUGCCGCGCUGCUCGCUGUCGCGCUGCUCGCCGUCGCUGCCGUUGCCGCGCGCCUCGCUGUCGACGGAGGCGCCGAGGCGCCGAUGGCCCUGGAUGCAUCAUCCAUCAAGUUCGACAUCCCCCUGGACUUUAAGGCGUUCGCGUUCUCGGAGCUUUUCAACCCAGCAUCUCCAGACUGCAAGAUGUUCACUAACCUAAAGAAGCUUAGCGAGGGCAAGUACAAGGACCCAGAGGAGAGAGCUAGCUGGAAGGGCGAAUGGGUGCAGUGGCUGGCCAGCCAGCCAGGCGUAUUUUUAGUCAAGAGCGACAUGUGCCAGUUCGGCAUGGUCGGUACUAGGGCAGAUGGCAGCGAGGGUCCUGUUCGCAAGCCGACCGGGUGGUUGACGAACAAUGCAGCUUUGGCCAACUUGCUUGCUCGCACCUGCUCGGACCCCUCGCAUGACCACGUCCCUCUCCUGGGCGGCCGUGCAUCCAAGGCUCGAGAGUACCCCGUGCAGUUGAGUGCCGCCCACAACAUCCUGUACACGGUGGUGAACGAGCUGGACAGCGAGGACCUCGUCGAGGGCGCGGGCGACAAGGGCGGCAAGGGCGGCAAGGUCAAGGGCAAGCACUCCGGCAAGGCCGCCAAGGGCUCCAAGAGCGGCGGCAAGGGCGACAAGAGCGGCAAGGGCGGCCACUCCAAGGGCGACCAGGGCAGCCGCGGCCGGGGCCUCGUCCGCGGCGACGAUUUCAUGGUCGUCGGCGACGACAUCACCCUUGCGGAUGUAAAUUCCAGGCUGGCUUCGAAGUACGACAUGAAAUGUUCAGGUAUCCUGGGGUCUGAGGAGAAGGAUUCGGAGAUUCG